AUGGCAGAGGCCCUCGUCCGGCAGCAACAACUGGUUUCCUUGCCAAAACGACCUCGUCAUUACGACCACGACGAGGAUGUCAACGAUAUCAUAGUUGAGAUACUGUCAAGGCUUCCGGUCAAAUCUUUGUUACGAUUCCGAAGUGUAUGCAAGUCAUGGCGGGCUUUAAUCUCAGAUUCUUAUUUUGUUAAGAAGCACCUCGGCCAUGCAGUCACAGACACAUCCAACAGCUCCAGGCUUCUGAAUCUCUUAUAUACUAGUCCCAGAAUCGUAGAUCUCCAAGGAUUGGAGGAUCAUGAUCAUAUUCGUCAGCGCGAUGCUUUUGCAGAUGACAUUCUUGACCGGUCUCGAAUUUUUGGUUCUUGCAAUGGCUUGAUAUGUUUGCAAGCGACGAUGUUUCAUGGAUUAUACUGUGAUGAUAUUUUCUUAUGGAACCCUAGUACUAGAGUGGCCAAGAAAGUACCGGAACAUAAUUUUACCAAGGGUUCAAUAAGUAUUCAUGGAUUCGGUUAUGAUUCCACCACUGAUGAUUACAAGCUUAUAUUGGGAGCUAGAAAUAAAGUAGCUAAAAAAACCAAAAUUGCUAUCUUUACAGUUAAAACAGGUUCACGGAGGACCGUUCAAGACUUCGAGUUUGUUCAUUAUUUGAAUGGGCAAGGGUGCUUUGUAAAUGGAGCACUACAUUGGCUAGAUUCAAUGUACAAGUCUACUAGAAUCGUUUCUUUUGAUUUGGCAGAGGAGAAAUGUGACACAUUAUGCCGUAUUGAGUACGGACCAAUGUUUAGGAUGGGAAUUGGAACUAUAAGAAAUUGUCUAUGCUAUUACACUUACAGUAGUAUCAGAUCUAUGCCAAUGACAAUAUGGAUGAUGAAUGAAUAUGGGAUCAAUAAACCUUGGACUAAGCUCAUGAACAUUCCUACCAAUAUUAUACCUUACAAGAUAUAUCUAAGACCAAAGCAUGUUGUGGAGAAUGGUGAAGUUUUGAUGAUUUUGGAUGGAAAGGACUUCGUAAUAUAUAAUCCCAAAGAAAAUAAAUAUAGGACUGUUUUUCAGUCUCCGACUAUUUUGCAGAGUGCAGCAGUAGUUGUGUACUUAGACACUUUAGUCUCACCAGAAUUCGGUAGCUGA